GCGCGGCAAGAUGGCGGCGACGUGUGCAUGGGGAGGCCGGGAGGGCGACAGUUCGACACAGCCGCAGGCGGGGGGUGAAAGGGCUGGGGACCCAGUGGCGGCAGCAGCAGCAACGACAAGAAUCCCAGUCUGUCAGCUCAUUCGGCCGUCGGUCACCGAGCUGAGCCGGGAGGUGAGGACCAACAUCCUUUGUACGGUUACAGGCUGCGGUAAAAUCCUUCCCAACCCUCCGGCCCUGGGAAUGCACCUGGUCAAAUCUCACAGGGUGCAGGACUGCAGCAUUAAUCCAACUGUUAGGAAGGAUUUGAAAUCUUCUGUUCAGAAGUUGUACUGCUGUCCCAUUGAAGGUUGCCCAAGAGGACCAAACAGACCAUUCUCUCAGUUUGCCCUUGUUAAGCAGCACUUUAUGAAAAUUCAUGCUGAGAAGAAGCACAAGUGUGACAAAUGUAGUAACUCAUAUGGUACAGAAUGGGACCUGAAGCGACAUGCAGAGGACUGUGGGAGGAUUUUCAAGUGCACUUGUGGUUGUCCUUAUGCCAGCAGACCAGCACUGUUGUCUCAUAUUUACCGAACUGGACAUGAAAUCCCUGCAGAACAUCGGGAGCCACCGCGCAAGAAGAGGAAGAGUGAGUGGUUAAGUCAGAAUCAUUUGAACAACAUUGAAAAAAAGCAAGGAACCGAAUCGGCCCAAGAGAUGAAGGAGAUGAACAAAGGAACCAACACUGAACACUUACGUGAAGAUACCAGCAAUAACCAGGCUCCAGCACCUGUGAAACAGAUUCAGAAAUUGCUGUUACCAAAGCCCAAAGCUGCACUUGUCAAAUUUCCUGUUAUGCACCUAACACCUUUUCCAGUUCUUUUAUCUUCAGGCAUGCCCAUGGAUAAUUCUGUCAAGUCCAUUGUUGUUGCUGUUGACAAUCAAGGAUCUGUUGUGAGCACAGUGCAGGUUUUGCCUACAUCAGUGGGAACUCUGAUACCAACUUUGGAAACAAAAACUUUGAAUCUUAAAGGUGACCUUCCCACCUCUAAAUUGCCCAACAUAAUGAUGGUUGAACCUGUCAAUACUGCAGUACAAGUCAACAUGGAUUCAGGUUUUGCCAGCAAUCAUGGAUUACAAUCAUUUGGAGACCUGGGUCAAAAAAACAAAUGUAUUUCUAUGAAUGUUCAAACAGACAUAUCUUAUCUUGCACAGAGCACAGCACCGGAGUCUUUAGCCAUGUAUUGUGCUACAGAGAACACUGUAUCAGCUUGUGCACAAACUGAUCUGAGCUUUGGUGCCCAAGUGUUGCUACCUGUAAGUGUCCAAACGCAAACAUUUGAACCUGACACUAAAAUCACUACGUCAAUAAGUGCUCAGACAGAUUCUUUCAGUCAGCCCUGUUUUCCAUUGUGUAAUGUUUCCAGGAAAACACAGACCUUGACAAAUUCUAGUCAAGAAAGAGACCCAACAUUUCAAACACUUAUUAAAGGAAAUAAUCAUGAAGAGAUUUUUGAUCAUUCUUUAGUCCCCUCUUGCAAUGUAUGUAGGCAAACUCAAACUACUUUUGCCCUGGAAGCAAUGGGCAAGGACCAAAGACCACCCCAUUCACCCAACAAUAAUGCUCUUUUACAGAACACUAACAAAUCUGCUGUUGACUUUCACAUUCAGUCCACUUUACUUCAACAGAAUUCAAUGACGGACAAUCAAACUCAGACAAUUAACCUUUUUAAUGACUUGGAAAAUAUUCUAUCUGAAAGCAUAGCAGAUCAUUCAUUAGAACACCGGGGUCUUUUAUCCGAUGCCAGCAAUGCUUCUGGUGAGAAUAUGACAGGCAGCCAGUCACAGAAUGCAGGUAUUGACUUCGACAUUGAAGAAUUUUUAUCUGCAAGCAACAUACAAACCCAGACAGAGGAAAAUGAGUUUGGUACUUUACAGACAGAAUCUGCAUUGGAAUCUCUGGAUAUUGAAACUCAAACAGACUUUUUGUUUUCAGACCAUCCUACCCAGGUAUACAAUGGUAGGGGUCAGUCCAGCUAUUUAGGACUAGAAAUGUUUGACACACAGACUCAAACAGAUUUCACUUUCCUUUUGGACAGCGGUCCACAUCUACCUCUUGAUAGCAUUUUGAAACAGUCCAAUUUCUCCAUAAAUGCAGAAUCUUCUGGGACCGAAACUCAAACGGAGGACUUGCAUAGUAGAACUAAUUUCAGUAGUACCACCGAAAGCCAGGUUCGGCUAAACUGCGCUGAAACACAGACAACCAGCAGUUCCUUUGAAAACCUUGGCAGUCUUUUUUUCACUAGCAAUGAAACACAGACCGUAAUAGAUGACUUUCUCUUAGCUGAUAUGGCGUGGAACACUAUGGAGUGUCAUUUCAGUUCAGUCGAGACGCAGACAUGUGAUGAACUUGUUCCCUUAUUUGAGAGCGCUGAUAAACGCACCAAUUGAGAUGUAAAGACAACAGGGAACAUGGACUUCAGCUUUGGGAUGUGGAAGUACCAAAGUUAAUGCUAUGUUACUGUGCACCUUGUUUUGAAGCAGCUUUUUGGGGAUAUAAUUUUCAUUAGAACUGGAAAACAUAAAUAUCCCAGAUAUUUAAAUUGACGUGGAUAUUGGGGUCUUCUUUUCCCUUAGGGACUUUCCAUAUUUUCUCAUGAAUGACAAAAAGCCAAGUUCUAUACUAUUUGGUCUUCUGAUUAAACCGAACCUUGAUUCAGCAUUCAUUACUUUCAUCUUUCCUGCCCAUUUACCUGGUUGCUUUUGUCUCUCUUUUCACCAGGCACACAACUAGAUUGAAUAUUCCAUAUGGGUAUUGAACGAUCAAAUAAAAAGUAUCCUAACUAAUUCUAUCCUAGUAUAUUUCAAUGGAACAAUAUUAUGUAUGACACCAUUUCUUUUUCUUUUGUCUAUGUACUGACUACUGGCUGACAUUGAGUUUCAUGAACAUCUGGGAUCUUUGUAUAAGGGUAUUGUGACCCUUCCAAGCAUGCAAGAACAGGCUUUUGAGAAAGAGGGUGCACAGUGUAACAUUUGCAGCCAAGGUUAUGGUUUGAGCAUUCUGUCCAGCCUAGCAACACUAUGUCCAUAAAUGUAAUAUUAAGCCAUUAAAAUUGAGGUAAUGUUUCUAAUUCUUGCAGAUUCCAGGAAAAUCCUGGAGGACGGGAGCCCAGUUUGUCUCCAGUUUGAAUUGUUAUUUUUUGGGUAGUUGUUAAUGUAGUGUCAGUACCCCGCCACUGUCUCAUUUAAAAGUUUAUCACUGCAUUUUGACUGUCGGUAUGAUUCAGGCAUUUAGUUUUAAAAUGAAUGUCAGGCAGCUGAAUAUUUGUAGUACAUUGGAAGAAAACCUUGAAGAGAAGUGAGAAGAGAAAAUGCUGGAAACAUUCAUCAUGUCUGGCAGCAUCUGUGGAAGUAGAAACGGUAAACGUUCUGGAUGUAAGACCAUAUUAGAACUGUGACG